CUGUGUUUGUGUACUCGUGUUUAUAUACAACAGCUGAUCUUGAACAAAGACGGGAUAUGUGCAAUUUAGUGAAGUAGUAAUAAAACAUUAGCACAUUAUUUCGUAUUAUUAGCUAAUUUCAUUUAUCUAUAUAAAAAUUCUAUAGUAAAAAUUAGGAGGAUUACAUGAAACUUAGAUACAUAUGUAAAGAGUGAAUUUUAAGAGUAAAAGAGAUUGCCUCUUAUCAUAAAGAUAUAAAUUACGUAGGAUUAUAAACGCGUGAACAACACUUUAGCAAAAACAUGUCAGCCUUAUCAGAGAGUAUUACAAUCAAACAACCUAUAAGACGUUUGGAAAUUCAAAUUAAUAAUUUCAACGUUGCUAUUCCACAUCAUGUAAAUUUAUUAAAACGACACAAGAACAAUAUUAAAAAAUAUCAAAACCAACAUGAUUGGGAACGGAUGAGGAAAGAACAUAUUAAUGUAUCCCGUAUUAUUAAACAAUUAAAGGAAUUAUUGUAUCAAAUGGAAACUCUCAGAGCACAGGUUCUUGAUGUCGACAUUGAUAAAUUUGAUAAGUUGACAAGACAUGCACGGACUAGUAUCAUGUGUACAAUUGAGGAAUAUUUAGAAAUGGAAUUAGAUGCAUCAAAAUUGUCAUCUGUACCAUCAAAGAAUGAAGAUCAAGAGACAAAACAUUCAUUCAAUGAUAAUGAUAUUCAAUUGCAAGUAGAACGAGAAGAUUUACAAUAUCAGCAAACCUGUAUACGUGUCUGGAAUUGUUUGCAAGAGGAAAUACAACAAUUACAUGAGCUCUUUACUGAAUUUAAUAAAAUUGUGCAUCAUCAGAAAGAAAUGGUUGACAACAUUGAAGAACAUGUUGAAGAAACUCAAAUAAAUGUGAAUGAAGGUACGAGAUAUCUAGGAAUAGCCUCCAAAUAUAAAGUAGCUGCGUAUCCUAUAGCAGGUGCUAUGUUAGGCACAUGUAUUGGAGGACCAAUAGGUUUAUUAGCUGGAAUGAAAAUUGGUGGCCUUGCUGCUCUAAGCUGUGGAAUUUUAGGUUUUACAGGCGGAUCAUUAUUAAAAAAGAAACAAAUAGAAUCACAAAAACAUGAAACAUGUGCAAAUACAUCAGCAGUCAAUCUUAAAAAUGUUAAGAAAUCUAUUUCUUGUCCUGAUAAUUUAAAAGAAGAUAAGAAAGAUUUGUGACAGAAUUUAACUUGGUCGACAUGUGAUGUAAUCUAUUUUAGACAUAAAAAGAAGUGCACUAUUGUGUAAAUUUUAAAUUGCUAAAAGAUACUUGCACAUUUUUUAACUUCUAAUAUGCAAUAUGGUUUUUAUUUGUACAUAAAUAUGAUUUAAUUUUACAAAACUAC